GAAAGAGAACAGAGGGGACUGAUGCGCACAUUACAUUUUCUGACACUUUGCUUGUUGAUUGGGUCUGAAGAAGUUUUGCAACAAUUAAAUGACACGCAAAGAGGAAACCCCAUUAUACUGCGGACUUAUCCAUCGCCAUGAAAGCGCAGGAGCUUCCCAGAUAGAAGCGCAAAAACGGCAGGUCAUCGGAAAUUGACGAGCAGGUUAUGCAAUUGCUUUAAAUGGCGAAUAACCGCAAUUCAUUUUCCAUUCACAACAUAUUAAACCGAGGACUUGACUGCGAGAAACAUUGCCGUCUUGAUGAGGAAUACGCAGAAGCGCGGGAUUGUUCCAGCUCAUCUUUGCCGGUCGGGAACACUGGAGCUGAGAGCAUCUCUUCCUGUGUGCUCGUGCUGGACUCUUCAUCCUCUGACCAACAUUCAUGCGAGGAAGAGUCAACAGGAGGAGAAGACAAUUCACUAGAAAGACGACACGAUCACACCAUUGACCAACAGAAACCACAGAGCUGCAACUUUGAAGAAAACCACUCCAAAUCAAGCAAGAAAAGGUCCCGGGCAGCGUUUUCUCAUGCACAGGUGUACGAGCUGGAGCGUCGCUUUAACCUGCAGAGGUACCUGUCUGGCCCGGAGCGGGCUGACCUGGCAGGAGCGCUCAAACUGACCGAGACACAGGUGAAGAUCUGGUUCCAGAACAGGAGAUACAAAACUAAACGGCGGCAAAUGGCAGCCGAGCUCGCGACGACUCCUACAACAGCCCUGGCAAAGAGAGUGGCAGUGAAAGUACUGGUGAGAAACGACCAGAGGCAAUAUAACGCAGAGGAGCUUCCCAAUCCGUCUGUCCCUCCCUUAUACCAGUCUUACCCGUGCUAUCCUUAUAUGUUCUGCUUCCAGCCGUGGAUCUCAGGAAACAAUUUAAGUGGUGGCAUGUACUGAUAUAUCAGUGACUGUGGAGACAUGAACAGCCAAAGUGCAUUUUUUCAGAAGGGAACAUGGCAAACAAUGCUAUUCCUCCAGCAGGAUUAUAAAGCCAGAAAACGUCAUAAACCGUUGAACGACCAUGAAACCAAAAGAGGAAUGUUGAUUUUGUGAUGCUGGUUAUCAAUCAUUGCAAUAAUGACAUUAAGCCAAAGCAAAGACAAUUCACUAAGUUUCUCUCAUUUGUUGUCAUAACUGUCCUGUUAUACAGUGCGAAUGUAAUACACACUUAAAAUCUAUGAGUCGCAUUGCUUUAGAUAACAAACGAUCAAACCAAAAAGUGGCAUCUGCAAACAGAUUAAAAGGAUAGUUCACUUUGAAGGCCAUCCAAGAUGUAGGUGUUUUUGUUUCCGCAGUAUUUUCAAUUUUGAUAUUUUUAGGUCGAACCAUGCGUGUCUGUCAUAUAAUGGAGGUCUAUGGUCACCACCUCAAAGAGCAUACUACUACUAUGGAAACAAAGCAAAGACAUCCACAUCUUGGAUGUCCCUGAGGUAAGCUAAAACAUACCAAAAAUUAAUUUCAAAGUGAACUAUCCCUUUAAGUGGAUGAACAUAUUCAGAAAGUGUCCAAUAACUUUUUACUUGUAAUUAAAACCUAACAAUCUUCCAUUAAUGAAAUGUUUUAAAGGAGUAGUUCACUUUUGAAAAAACUUUUGCUGAUAAUUUACU